GAGCGUCUGGUACGGCUUGGUACCUCGCGUGUUCGCCUGCUCAGAGCCGCAGCUCCAGCCCAGCCGCGGGCCGCCGAGGAGUAAUCCGCUCUCCCGGCCGCAGAGCCUCCGCGUUAACGCCAUUGUUUGGAGAAACAGAGUGGGUGUGGAACUGGGGCGAACAGGUCCAAAGUCAAAAGUGCUCAGCCAGAUAGUCGCAUAUAUAAAACUACGAAGUUAAACUUUCCUCGUCUCCGAAAAGACACAGUAAGAACCCUGAGGUCCCCGGAAGAUCAGAAGGAAAGCGCUGUUGAUUUGCUUCAGCUUCAAAACAUCGCCUCUGCCAAGAAAUUAGAAAGGAAGGUUGCUGGCAGUGAGGAGGGAAGAGAGUGAUCUGGUGAUGGACUAUUGUAAAUCGCUUUUGAUAGAUUCUUCCUAGACCGCAAUGAGUCAGCCACCGACGGGGGGCGCUGCCCCUUCCACAGCCGCAGCUUCUCCCCCCACAGCUGCCACUGAGGCUCGCUUGCACCCGGAGGGCAGCAGCAGAAAGCAGCAGCGUGCUCAGUCACCCGCUAGACCGAGGGACAAUUCGGUCCGACAGACCACCGCGGCCACCCGGUCCACGGUAGGGGCUGGCACUAAACUCAAUUCUAUUCGACAGCAGCAGCUGCAGCAGCAGCAGGGCAACAAGACCGGGAGCCGCACGGCGCCUCCGGCCAGCGCCCGAGGAAGCGGAGGAGGGGCGGAGAAGGCCGCGCCCCUGGCGCCCAAGGGGGCCGCGCCGGGAGCUGUCCAGUCCUUGCCUGGUGCUGAAGCGGCCCCCGUGGCGACCCUGGCCCCGGUGGGUGUCAGGAGGCCUGGCGCGUCAGAGGAGCCGCCCCGGGAGCUAGAGCCCGCGUCCUCUAAACUCGGGGAACCCCCUCCGCUCGGAGAAGGAGGAGGAGGGGGUGGGGAAGGAGGAGGAGCCGGCAGCGGCUCUGGGGAAAGGGAGGGGGGCGCUCCGCAGCCGCAGCCGCCGCCGCCGCCGCCGCCGCCGCCCAGGGGCUGGCGAGGGAAAAGCGUACGCGCUCAGCCGAGGGGCGGCAGCGGCGCGGAGGGGGCCUCCCCCUCGCCGUCCACCUCCUCUGCGGGAAAAACCCCAGGCUCCGGCAGCAGAAACUCCGGGAUUGGCGUUGUGGGGCCUGGCGGCGGUGGCGGAGGGAGCUACUGGAAGGAAGGAUGUCUGCAGUCUGAGCUCAUCCAGUUCCAUCUCAAGAAAGAGCGGGCGGCGGCGGCGGCGGCGGCGGCGGCCGCGGCUCAGAUGCACACUAAGAACGGCGGCGGCGGCAGCAACCGCAGCUCUCCGGUCGCUGGCGCCCCUGCCAUUUGUGAGCCCCUCGCAGUCCCUCCCACCUCCCCAAUGGCGGCGGCAGCAGAGGGCCCCCAACAGGGCGCAGAGGGCAGCGCGAGCGGCGGCGGCGGCGGCAUGCAGGCAGCGGCGCCCCCUUCGUCUCAGCCGCACCCGCAGCAGCUCCAGGAGCAGGAGGAAAUGCAGGAGGAGAUGGAGAAGCUGAGGGAGGAAAACGAGACUCUCAAGAACGAGAUCGAUGAACUGAGGACCGAGAUGGACGAGAUGAGGGACACUUUCUUCGAAGAAGAUGCCUGUCAACUGCAGGAAAUGCGCCACGAGUUGGAGAGAGCCAACAAAAACUGCCGGAUCCUGCAGUACCGCCUCCGCAAAGCCGAGCGCAAAAGGCUCCGCUACGCGCAGACCGGGGAAAUCGACGGGGAGCUGUUGCGCAGCCUGGAGCAGGACCUCAAGGUAGCAAAGGAUGUAUCUGUGAGACUUCACCAUGAAUUGGAAAAUGUGGAAGAAAAGCGAACAACAACAGAAGAUGAAAAUGAGAAACUGAGGCAACAGCUUAUAGAAGUUGAGAUAGCAAAGCAAGCUCUGCAGAAUGAACUGGAAAAAAUGAAGGAGCUAUCUUUAAAGAGAAGAGGAAGCAAAGAUUUGCCAAAAUCUGAAAAGAAGUCUCAACAGACUCCCACAGAGGAGGACAAUGAAGAUCUGAAAUGCCAGCUGCAGUUCGUGAAGGAAGAAGCUGCUUUGAUGAGAAAGAAAAUGGCCAAGAUUGAUAAAGAAAAGGACAGAUUCGAACACGAGCUCCAGAAGUACAGAUCCUUUUAUGGGGAUCUGGACAGUCCUUUGCCUAAAGGAGAAGCCGGGGGGCCUCCCAGCACCAGAGAGGCUGAGCUCAAGCUGCGCCUGAGGCUGGUGGAGGAAGAAGCCAACAUCCUGGGCAGAAAAAUCGUCGAACUGGAGGUGGAGAACAGAGGCCUGAAGGCGGAACUGGAUGACCUGAAGGGCGACGACUUUAACGGCUCGGCCAACCCCCUCCUGCGGGAGCAGAGCGAAUCCCUGUCGGAGCUGCGGCAGCACCUGCAGCUGGUGGAAGACGAGACGGAGCUACUGCGGAGGAACGUGGCCGACCUGGAGGAACAGAACAAGCGCAUCACGGCGGAGCUCAACAGGUACAAGUACAAGUCGGGCGGCCACGAGAGCGCGCGGCACCACGACAGCGCCAAGACCGAGGCCCUGCAGGAGGAGCUGAAGGCGGCUCGCCUGCAGAUCAACGAGCUCAGCGGCAAGGUCAUGCAGCUGCAGUACGAGAACCGCGUGCUUAUGUCCAACAUGCAGCGCUACGACCUGGCCUCGCACCUGGGCAUCCGCGGCAGCCCCCGCGACAGCGACGCCGAGAGCGAUGCGGGCAAGAAGGAGAGCGAUGACGACUCGCGGCCGCCGCACCGCAAGCGCGAAGGGCCCAUCGGCGGCGAGAGCGACUCGGAGGAGGUGCGCAACAUCCGCUGCCUCACCCCCACCCGCUCCUUCUACCCCGCGCCCGGGCCCUGGCCCAAGAGCUUCUCUGACCGGCAGCAGAUGAAGGACAUCCGCUCGGAGGCCGAGCGCCUGGGCAAGACCAUCGACCGGCUCAUCGCUGACACCAGCACCAUCAUCACCGAGGCGCGCAUCUACGUGGCCAACGGGGACCUGUUCGGACUGCUGGACGAGGAGGACGAUGGCAGCCGCAUCCGCGAGCACGAGCUGCUCUACCGCAUCAACGCGCAGAUGAAGGCCUUCCGCAAGGAGCUGCAGACCUUCAUCGACCGCCUCGAGGUGCCCAAGUCCGCGGACGACGCCGGCGCCGAGGAGCCCAUAUCCGUGAGUCAGAUGUUCCAGCCUAUCAUUUUACUUAUUCUCAUUCUUGUAUUAUUUUCAUCACUUUCUUACACAACAAUAUUUAAACUUGUCUUCCUUUUUACACUGUUUUUUGUACUGUAAAUCUUUCAUCAUUUACCAUUCAUUGUAGUAUUUUCAGUUUGUUUGUUUUGUUCACCCUUCAAGACAAGAAGUAAAAGAAGUAUAAUUUCUGUAGUAACCAAUGCUAUAAAAACACUGAAGACUGCUUAUUUCUUUAAAAAGACACAUCUUACCACUACUAAAUUCAAUAAGAAGCCUGAGCAUUAAAUGUUUCAGGUCAACUUUACCAUGGCAAGAAGCAGAUGAAGCACCUGCAAUAAAUAAUUACUGGGACAUCCAUGAAAAAGGGCAUUGAAACAGAUUGACCAGUGGUCGGACAUCCGUAGGAUUUCUCCCCAGAGCAAAAAGGUACGUAAAAAAGAAAAGGGUCUGGUGCCCUUUCACUCUGACCUGGAAGUGGUUCAAGAAGAAUUAGAAAUAAAAAGAAAAA